AUGAGGCACCCACAAAAUGAAACGUCUUUAUGGGGUAACGACGUUUGCCUCUUGCUGGCGUUCUGCGGCAGCGAGUGUCACCGCCUUUACGGGCAUCCCCAAAAGACUGCGGCUGCGGCAAACGCUCUGACUGAAGCAGAGGCUUCCAUAACCGGAAGCGCUGCAAGCAACCAGCAAGAUCCAAACGGAAUACAACAUUCGUCAGGGGAAAAGGCAAUUCUUCACCGAAGUUCGGACGGUAGUGCUAUUAAAAGCGAACCACAGACGGAUGACGUGCAAAUUUCCGGGACAAAUCACACAAAGCGGAGUGCAGCUGCACCUCAAAGUCAAGCCAGUAGCCUAGAACUACCAGAAAGCUCAAGGUCUGAAUUGCAUAAUACGAAGAAGCAUUGCAACAACUGCGCUAAACACUUCAUGUCGCAUGCGUGGCGCGUGCGCUGCAAAGGCGUUUACUCCCUAGAAUUCGAAGCACAAAAUCAGGGCUUUAGCAGAUUCCUUGCUCGCUUGGCCCUUUUGAUAGGAGCCGCAGAUAUAGAAGAAGUUGUGGACAUUGAGCGCGAACUUCAGGAAUACAUUCGUGUAAAAGAGAUCCGGACUUUGAAAAGACGUGCAUCCCCUCCACCUCAGCUCCCGUCCGCUCGUUCCCAACUACCAGAGGAAUUGGCAAGGCCUUCUCGAGAUGUUUCCAAGAACGCUGGGUUCGCAGGGCCCGAGGAGAGAGCACAUGCCUCAUACGCUUCCAUGGGCACCUCAGGUUUGCUAGACAAUGACCUAAAAAUUGUGUUGGAGCCACUGCCCUCUAACGGCGACAUCGUUGGCUUACUUGAUCACUCUCAACUCGAUAAGCCAGUUCCAACUAUACAGAUAUCUAUCCCUUCAAGCUUCAGAGCUCGCAUUGCUCCCGUCACCACACCUAGUUCGUCUAUGGCACAUACAAGGCGGCUUAGGGGAACCAGCGCUCGGGAUGUUGCUAAUUCAGAGACCUGGGUUGGGCACAAGCCUUUCCCGGCGGGUAGCACCCUCAGCUCAGCCCGUCACUGCAAGGCAGCGGCGGCAUUAAUGUCUCAAAAAUCGGAAUUACAGUGGUUGAAAGAAUACAUCUUCUUCUUACCCCACCGCGGAUGA